ACACCCGCCCGCCGCACCACGCCGCGCCGCGCUCUGCCGCCCCGGAGCCGCCGCCGGCCACGCCGCUCCUCGCCUGGCCACCAGCUCGGGCUACCAGCUCGCAACCUCCGUCGUCACGGGUUGCUGCGACUAACUAUGAAGUUUUAAAUUUUACGCGGGAAAACUUUGAAACCAGUUUAGUGGGUAUAAAAGUGCGGGUGUGUGUGUGCGUGUGCGUGUGACACAUCGGUCGCUGCCGAGCCGGCGACGUCGGUGCGUGCUGCGGGCGCCGUCGGCUGGGACCGUCAGCCACUACCUUCAUUGUCAACUAUCUUGAAGUUGCGAGUAAGCCGGGCCGGCGGCGGCGGCGCCUGCGUGGGGCGCGGAUGCGGCGCGGCCGGCGCCGACUGCCGCCCCCCCCGCACACACACUAGCAUGCGGGGGGCGCGGGCGCAGGCGGCGGCGGCAUGAACGCGUCGGCAGAGUGGGAAGCGGGCAACGCGAGCCUGGCGCAGGGGCCGCUCGAGUGCUGGACGGACACGGGCGUGUCGGAGGGCGACAAGCUGUUCCGGUUCGUGGUGCACGGCGUGCUGCUGAAUGGCAUCGGCGCGGGCGGGUUGCUAGGCAACGCGCUGGCCGUGGUGGUGCUGUCGCAGCCGCAGAUGCGCUCCUCCGUCAACUGCCUGCUGGUGGGGCUGGCCGCCUGCGACACCGUGCUCAUCCUCACGUCCGUGCUGCUGUUCGGGCUCAGCGCCAUCUUCCCGUACACGGGCCGGCUGCGCUACUACUACUACCACGUGUGCCCGCACCUCACGCCGUACGCGUACCCGCUGGCCAACGUGGCGCAGACCAUGUCGGUGUACCUGACGCUGAUCGUGACGGUGGAGCGCUGGGUGGCCGUGUGCCACCCGUUCCGCGCCAAGGCGCUGUGCACGUCGUCGCGCGCGCGCUGGUACGUGCUCGGCACGGCGCUGUUCGCGCUGCUCUACAACAUCCCCAAGUUCUUCGAGGCGGAGGUGUACCCCGAGACGCGCGACAACGUCACCGACGUCAUCUACUGCGUGCGCUCCACCGAGUUCCGCUCGGAGACGUACGUGGUGGUGUACAUCCACUGGCUGUACCUGGUGGUGAUGUACAUCGUGCCGUUCAGCCUGCUGGCGGUGCUGAACGCGCGCAUCGUGCGGCAGGUGCGCCGCGCGCAAGCCGAGCGCGCGCGCCUGUCGCGCGUGCAGCGCCGCGAGCUCGGGCUGGCCACCAUGCUGCUGGUGGUCGUGCUCGUCUUCUUCCUCUGCAACCUGCUCGCGCUCGUCACCAACGCCUUCGAGGUGUUCCAGGGCGAGCAGUUCGAGCACCUCGACCCGCUCGUCAAGACGAGCAACCUGCUCGUCAUGAUCAACAGCAGCGUCAAUUUCGUCAUUUACGUGAUCUUCGGCGAGAAGUUCAAGCGCGUGUUCCUGAAGAUGUUCUGCGCGGGGCGGGCGUGGAGCCGCGCGGGCACGGGCCGCGAGUCGCCGGAGCACACGCGGGACGACUCGUUCGCGUCGUGCGGCGAGCGCGUGUCGCUGCGCAUGGUGCGCAACGGCACCCUGCGCCGCUCGGAGGGCCGGCGGGCGGCCUGCCCGGGCCGCGCGCGCCGCGCCUCGCCCGCGCCCACCGUGUACUACCCCGCGCCCACGGCCACCGCCAGCACCGACCUGGCCGGCGCCGUGCCGCUCGACGCCGCGCCCGCCUGGAAUGGACACUCGCGCUCGCACUUCUAGGCGGCGCGUACGCCGCGCUCGCUGGCUUCUGCAAACCGAAUUUAUCUCUCUACUUCAUAGGUUCGUGACGAGCUAGAAAUAUCUUGGGAAUAUCGAAAAAAAUAAUUAGCGAUGUAGUGUAGCGUCAUUCUUUCCGGAGAUAUAUCAUAUUUACUUGCGUUAUUCAUCCCACCGAUCGAUCAUUGUUUUGUAAGCAUAUUUUCUAUAAAUGGAACUUAUUCUACCCUUGUCUAGUGCGGACUAUGCUGUCCGCCAGUGAUCGAUCACAUGUCCGCGUGGCCGGCAGAGCCGCCGCAACGCACGACCCCACAGGGCCAACAAACUUGACAGUCAUAUGGAUGACUACCUGUAUAAUAUGUAUAUAAUUUAUAACUGUUUUGUAAAUAGUAGCAUAACAUAUAAAUUUUAUUAUUGUUAAAACUGGAUAGUAGUUUAUAAGAAACGAGGCGCUCUGCAACGACGGUUCUUCAAUUAUUUUAUUUUACAUACUUAAUAAGGGCCAAUUGAAAUGGAAAAAUUGUAAGCUAACUGUGGUCAGAUGAGGUUGACCGCACCGACGACGGCGCCAGCGCCGCAGCAGGGCGCGCUCGCUCGCGGGACAUGUCUCGAUCAAUAUAAAGUUAAUUCAGUGUG